UCAAACACCUUGAGUGCUAAAUUUAAGCGCGCCUUUUGUUUUCAGAACUUGAAUCACACGCACACAAAUUCUCAAAUUCUCAAUCUCAUCGUCGCACACCACCAUGUUCGGCGGUCAAUCUUCAUCUUCCCUCUUCGGAACUCCAUCUUCAGCAUUCGGCACUCCAACCUUCGGUACUCCAUCUUCCACACCAGCUUUCAGCACCCCAGGUUUCGGUACCCCUUCUUCAACUCCUGCUUUUGGUGCUUCUUCUACACCCGCUUUCGGUGGUGGUUCUUCCCUCUUCUCAACACCGUUCUCUGCUCAACAACAACCCCAACAACAGCAGCAGCAACAGCAGAAUUCACUCUUUCAACUAUCACCUUCUACUGGUUUUGGGUUUCAGAAUUCUACGCCAGCGCCGCAACCUUCGCCGUUUCCAAAUUCUCAAUUGACUACUCAAAUGGCUAAUGUUGCUCCAGUUCCAUUCUCACUGGCGGAUCGUGAUAUUCAAGCGAUUCUUGAUUCUUAUAAGGAAGAUGCUGGAAACCCCAAAUACGCUUUUAAGCAUUUGUUAUUCAGUGUAACAGACCCACAAUUUAGGGUGAAGCCUGCUGGUGUUUCAGAUAUCAUGUGGGCGGAAGCUAUGGGGAAGCUUGAGGGUAUGGAAAGUGCUGAUAGAGAACGUCUUUGGCCACAACAAGUUCAAGGUUUUAAGGAUCUUUCCCAACGCCUUAAGCUCCAAGAUGAAGUCAUUGUCUCUGAUGCAGAGAGAUUAAGUGUAACCCAAAGCAAUGUUAAAAUGCUCCAAAGACAUUUUCAAGCAGAUACUCUUCCUUGGAUUCAAAGACUGAAACAGAAAGAACAGAUUCUUCAGCAACGUAUUUUAAGAGUGAUGAGAAUAGUGGAGGCGUUGGAGGGAAAAGGCUGCCGUAUUCCAUUAACAAAAGGGGAAGCUGAACUCGCUGAGAAAUUAGCCACAAUAACUAGACAGCUGAAAGGAUCUGGAGCGGAAUUAUCUAGAAGGGUACAAAAUCUACUCGGCGUAUCUCGUGUCAAGGCUAAUAGCAAUGGAUUUUGUAACUCAGCUCAUCUUCUGGGCUCAACCAAAAUUCAUGAUCAAAGUCUGGCUGACCUGCAGGAGGUUUUACAGCAGCAGAUGGAUGCCAUAGCAAGACUUGGCAGUGUUCUAAAGCGAGAUGCACGGGAUAUGGAGAUUAUGAUGGCCGAGGACACAGACUUCAGAAAAUGGACAUUUAAUGUAAACUUGCUUAAGAAAUCUGUAGCCUUCUUGCUUCAUAUUUUCCUUUGAUUUGUUAUUUUUCCAUGUAUCAUGAUUUGGUAAUAUAGUGAGCUCAGUAGAUUUUAGGGACACUUUUCGUGUAGUUGGCGGAGUAGUUUAACUUGAUCCAUUUGUGAUGUUUCUGUGGCUAUUUGAAUCUUCCUACAUUCUUGAAGGGUUCAACAUACAUGGUUAGCAAGGGUAUAUUUGUCAGAGGAUUUUGGAAAAAAAAGUGCUGGCAUGUGAGGAUUGUAAAAUAUUUUCAACUUUUGAA